CAGAGACAGGCACAGGUCCGUCCGCAGGAGAGCCGCUCAUCAGAUGGGGAGAGCCAAACCGGGGAUGGAAGAUGACGGACCGAUAGCUGACGCCUAUAAAAUGCCGAGUUUUAUCAGCAGUUUCGAGGAGGGGAGGGUGAAAUUGUCCCGCAACCUCCCGACAGAAACUUCCUUCACGGACGUUAAAGUUGAGCGGUCGGUCAGAGAUUUAAACCGACGUGUCGCCCGGUCAAACUCUCGGUUCUCACUCGACGGAGGAGAGAGGGAGCCGGAGGAGAGGGGCAGCGAGGAGGAGAAGGAUGCGGAGGGCAACAACAACAACAACUGCAACGGCGGAGGAGAGAGGAGGAGGGCGAGCGCUGUCGAGAUUUUGAGGAGGAAUUUGGGGGUUUCUAAGUCUCCCUCUCUGCGUUUGAACUCGAGUAGUCGGAUGCAGUGCGGCGCCGAGCAUGAAAGCCACCCGGGAGACGUUAACAACGACGUUACCAACGGUCAUGGAAGUGUAUGUGGCGACUGGAAAAAGUCGGACCGCGAAACGGACGAAGCCGGGACGGAAAACGAGCCAACCUUGAGCGAGUUAGCGACUUCGGAUGCACUUGCAGUUCGGUGCCAUCGUGUGUGUGACAGUGACAGCAACACGGUGAGUUUAGACGAGUCUCUCGGUGUCAAAGAGCACGUCUACUGCACUGUUUACUGCAUCGCCGGCGACAGCCACCGAAAAGACGCUGAAAUCACACACCGCUACGAUGAUACGGUCGCAUCCGACGCACCAGACAUGGACUUGGAGACAGGACAGGAGGCAGGUUCGAGCCCCGAACCGGCACUGUACACGCUGGACGACCUGGUGGAUCCUUUCGGGGAGGCGGCCCAUCAGCUGUACGCGGAGCGGGCCGGUGAGGAGAGUGCGAUGCAGAGUUGCCGGGUGUGCUUGGAAGACAAACCAAUCGCACCCCUGCCCUGCUGCAGGAAGGCCGUGUGUGAUGAGUGUCUGAAGCUCUACGUCAGCUCCCAGGUGCGAGUGGCCAAACCUUCCAUCAUCUGUCCGAUCCCGGAGUGCAGUGGCUACCUGGAGGAGGGCGUGGUGAUUUCCCAUUUAGCCAAAGAGGACGUGGCAAAAUACCGUUACUUUCUGGAGUUGAAUCAGCUGGAUUCGAGCACCAAGCCCUGCCCCCAGUGCAGUCUGUUCACUUCUCUGAAGAAGCACAACCCCAACCACUCUGAGCACAAGUACAAGAUCCAGUGUAGCAAUUGCCAGUUUGUGUGGUGCUUUAAAUGCCAUGCGCCCUGGCACAAUGGCCUCAAAUGCCGCGAUUACAGGAAAGGAGAUAAGCUGCUACGAACCUGGGCAAGUGUCAUAGAACACGGACAAAGAAACGCCCAGAAAUGUCCACAGUGCAAGAUCCAUAUCCAGCGUACAGAGGGAUGUGACCAUAUGACCUGUACUCAGUGUAACACUAACUUCUGUUACCGCUGUGGAGAGCGCUACCGACACCUAAGGUUUUUUGGGGACCAUACAUCCAACCUCAGCGUGUUUGGCUGCAAGUACCGCUAUCUGCCUGAUAAACCUCAUCUGAGACGGCUAAUUAGAGGGUCUGUCUGUGCCACUAAGGUGCUGAUAGCUCCGGUGGUCAUUCUGCUCGUCGUGGUGCUUGGCGCUCUCGCUCUGGUGAUAGGUUUGGUAGUUUUCCCGGUCUACUAUGUGUGUAAGAGGAGGAAGAAGCAGCGCACUCAGGGCUCUGGACGGUGGAUCUGAAACCUGCUACAUCCAGACCACGCACACACGGCUAAAAAUGACCACACCCACUUUUCCUCAGGGACAGACAUGGCAGCCUGAGUCAUCGCAAAAGUCUGAGAGGGACAUCAGAAAAUGAACCCUGGCAAUUAGUGAGGAUCUGGAUAUUCAAGCUAAAAAAAAAAACAUAAAAGCCCCACAAAUUUAAGCAGAAUUCUUCUGGAACCACUGUCUUGUACAGUGCUGCUCACAUAGUGGAUAGUAAGUGUUUGAAUUCUUCAAAAUUUCCCAAUAUUUCACAGCCGUGAGGACUUUCCAACUCUUGUCGUGGACACAGUACAGAAAGUUUCAGCAGUGCACAUUUGCAGCUUUUCAGACUGUCAUUGAACAACAGCUGUCUGCGAGGAGAACAAAUCUAAACACUAAAUCUAAGCCUGGGAAGCUGAUUAGAUGUUAGAUUUUAUGGACGAGAGGAUUUGACACUGUUGGAUACCAGGAAAAAUAUUUCACUGAACACUCACUCCUGGAAGAGCUGGACAAUGAUAGGAGGAACUCGCUGGUGAAUAACAUGGAAAUGUGAGUAAAUAACAUUGCCCUUAUUUGCAAAAGUUGUUUGUGCUGCAUUUAGCAAAGGAAAAAGUGCAAAAUGGAAACUGAAUUUGGAAAAAGCCAUGAUGGAGAAAUGAGUUCUCUCUGAUCCAACAAGAACCGGACGUUCAUUUUGUUCAUCUUCGUCUGUUGGAAAUUAAAUUUUCAUGAAAAAUUAAAAAUUUCCAUUGCAAUUUGACUCUUUGACAAACGCACUCUAUGGAAAAUAACAUGAAAGGACUAAACAUGAAGGGAUGGAAGGAUGAUACUACUCUGACACUGGUGUUCCUGGCUUCUCUGGAUAACGAUGUCUCUGCCUGAUCUCAAGUUCUUGCUAGAAGCUUUGAAAGUUGAGUUGAGACCAUUUCCAAACACACAUUCAGCCCUAAAUGAAAUAUUGGAAACACCAAUGGAAGUUUAGUAAGCCUCCAGAGUUUUCUGUUGUGCUUUUCCAUCAAAUCCUCCUUCUAUCUGUCUCUGUCUUCCUCACUUUUCCUUUCGUCCCUCCUCUCUGCCUGAAUGGAUGGUGGCUCUGGCUCUCACACACACACACACACACACACACACACACACACACACACACACCCUCCCUGCUUGGUAGCUUUUCUCUUCUGUGCCCACAUACUGUAUGCCAGUAUCUGCAUCAUCAAAAAAAAAAAAAAAAAAAAGCUGCUGUGUGGUAAUUGUGCCAAAACAAAACGCUGAAUGUGGCAGGACAGACAGUUGACCCUGCCCCUUUGUUAGGUUUUUUUUUUGUUGUUAUUGUUGCCUUUUUGCAGAGGUUUGGUUGGUAGUGCUGUCAGUGUGUGGUGGAGUCUGCACAAGAUCACACAGGUUGUUGGCACAGUUUUGCAUAAGACGGUUUGGAAACCAUUCAGAAGUGCUUAUGCAAAAGCUCUGAAUUAAAAUGACUGAACAUACUGUUGCAAGUGAUACCUGCAGGUGAACAGAAGAAGUGUUUAUAGUUUUACUUUGAUUUUUUUAUUAUAGUGUGGGUGGUGGUUUGCCAAAAAGGUGAACAGGAGUUCUGAAAUAUGAGUUUUAUCAUCAGGUUGCUGUGCACUGAAUAUGUGGUAGAUGAAGUUUGGAUGUAAAUUAUAAGGUCAUCAGGUUUUCAAGCUUUUCAAGAAUUAAUAUGAAGAGUUUGGUGUUGUUUCAGGUUUUUGCAGUGAGGAGAGGAUUUCUGUCUACUUGAGAGUUUUUAUAGUGACAUUGUGGUUUUUGAGUUACACACACACACACACACACACACACACAGCACCUCUUAACUCAUUCACCCUGGCACAUGAGGCAGGACGCACAUGGGGUGCUGCCAGGAAACGGGAGAUUUUCAAGAGCUUUAAAGGUCAUCACCUGGCAGCAGCCAGCUCACUGUCCUUCACUCAUCCCUCUAUCCCCUCCUCCCAGCUGUCAUUCUUUCAUUUUUGUUUUACUGCUUCUGGUUUUUCCCCCUGAGCUCUCACUCUGCUAACAUCUUUUGUCCAUCCUCCAUCCUCCGAGGUGUAAACUGGAUCUACAGGUGGAGAGGCUGACAGGAACAGUACUGAGAAAAUAGGUGCACAUCCACUGGAGCUGGCUUUUGAGCCUUUGAUAUGUGAAAAUAACACAGAGCUACCUGUUGUGUACACUGCAUUCAAGAAAAUCAUUCGCAGAUAUUUUUUUUUGUGUGUGUGUUUUUAUCCCACCACUUUAUGGAGCUUUUUUUAAUGUUGCUUUUUGAUGAGAGGUGUACGAAGACGUUUCAACGGAGAGACGAAAGGAAAAGGAAAAGAUAAGGAAAAGCACAAUGUGUCUGCACAUAAGGGAUGAUACAUCACAGAGAGAAAAAUAUAUGGAACGAUAUAAUAAUGAAAGGUUGAAGGAGAAAGCUGCUGAGUGAAUCGAGGCCUUUUAGAAAUCUGGUGGUUACCAGUGGAGUAUAUCCCAAGUGUUACAGCACGUUUCAUCACUGAAUCUUCACUAAAUCCAGGAUUUAAGGCAUGAAGGAAAAGCGGAGCUGACGUUCAUGCAUGUGGGACAGUUUGCAGUGCAAUGCCAUUAGCUUGGCUUUAUCCCAGGGAUUUGAGACAUUUUCUACAUCUGGGAGUUAAUAAAAAAAAAAAACUGUCAAGUACAGUCAAACUGUACAUACGAGUUUCCUAAA